GGACUGAUUUAGACCUGUGACACCAGGUGGGUGCAAUUAAUGAUCCGAUAGAACAGAAAACGAGCAGGCUCCGGACCUCAUAGGGUAAGAGUUGAGUACCCCUGGUCUAGAUAUUCACCAUAUUUACUUGUGUAAAUGACAAAGUGGAUCACAUUAUUUACUACAGGGGAUCAGAGUUUCCAAUGAUCUUAGUUUGUUUCACUUGAAAAGCCCUGGGACACGGACCGCACCUCAUGUGGCGCGCGGUAAGCCUCUUACAACCAUGAACACACCAGAUGCAGAGGAUGCCAAUCAAGAGAAACUUAACGCAGAAUGCGUUUACAGUAUGCUGCACGAGUUCCGCUGUAGCCUACCUGAAUUAUUAUUUUUCUACAUUUAUAUGACUCACUGACAGAAACGGACAGUCAGGUGCGUGCUGGUUCUAUAAACAUUGGGAAGGGAACCAACAUAUGGGAUAACAAAGUGCAGAGACCCAGACGGCUAUGGCAUUAUUGAAGUGUUAUUCCCCGUAGAUUAGGCCAGUUAUUCGACGGCACAAUGCUUCCACAAGAUAUAGGAGUGCAGAAACCCCGUCGGAUCUCGGAUCCGGCUCCACCGGUACCACCACGGCGGGGCAAGAACAGAGACUUUCCUCUUUCAAAGCGCCGGCGAUCGGGCUCCGUACCUGAGCGCAAGGUGAACUGCGUCCUCGUCGGAGAUGGAGCGGUCGGGAAGACAAGUCUUAUCGUCAGCUACACCACAAAUGGAUAUCCGACAGAAUACAUUCCAACAGCUUUCGAUAACUUUGCAGUUAUGGUUGUGGUGGAUGGAAAACCUGUGAGACUGCAACUCUGUGAUAUGGCUGGCCAGAAAUGGGGGAUGGAGGAUGACACUAUUAAUGACGAGCUGGACCGGAUCCGCCCUCUAUGCUACCGCAAUGCCGACGUCUUCCUGCUCUGCUACAGCGUGGUGCGCCCCUCCUCCUUCCACAAUGCCACCGACCGCUGGGCGCCUGAGAUCCGCCGUCACUGCCCCGGGGCACCCAUGGUCCUAGUGGGGACCCAGCUGGACCUGAGGGAAGACGUCCAGGUGCUGGUCCAGCUGGCCAGGAACCAGGAGCGGCCCGUGGGAACCGAGGAGGCCCAGCAGCUGGCGCAGGAUAUUGGGGCCGUGUCCUUCGUUGAGUGCUCGGGUCUGACCCAGAAGAACCUGAAGGAGGUGUUUGACCAGGCCAUCUUGGCCAGCAUCCAGCCGGCGGAGAACGUUCAGCAGCUCCAGCAGAGGCAGAGCCUAAGGAAGAAGACCCCGGAUAAGAUCAAGAGUCUCUCUGAGACUUGGUGGAAGAAGCUGAGCUGUGUUGUUGUGGCAGGAGAGCGUGUGGGAGGAGAGUCCGACUGAACCCCCAAAGCAGCUGUUUAGGAUCUUUUAUUUUUCUAUGCUGGUGUUUAGUCUUUUAAUAAUUUUUUCACUCCAGAUAUAAUAGCACUUAGGAAAAUAUGUUGGAAUUUUUAAUGUAUUAUCCAAAUAAUUAUUUCAUAUCUAAAAAGCAGAAGCACUAGAAAGCGUUAUCGUUGCUGGCAAGAUAAUGAAUGAAAUGCAGAGUGUCAGCGUUAGUGAUACCUUAUGUUUUGUGUUCAAAGGCCUUGACGAGGGCACAGCAAGUCUGAAUUAAGUGAUUGGAUUUGAGUUAGAAAAUCCAAUACCUGGGGAGACUACUAAUGAAAUGACAGACUUCACAAUGACCUCUGCGUCAUUCUGUGUAACCCCCAUCAAUGGUCAAAGGUCACCAGUGGAGAAUGUUGUGGAGGAUUACAAGAAACUAGCCAGUAGAAACUGUAACGCCAAACCAUAAGCUUGCUUUGUGUCUGCCAUUUUGACAAUUAAGUCCUUCAAUGUUGUUUACUAACCUAUAUCAGAUCAAGUACAAUGAUUGGUCUUUCAAAUUCAAGUAGUCUAAAACACUGUUCCUGUAUCAGUUGUUGAUAUUGCUGGACAUACCAACCAAACACAGCUAAAGGAUACUGUAGCUUCCCAGUCAGAUUGACUCUAAUCUGACAAAUCUGCAGAUCAGUUGGUUUGGCUUUCCCCCCUGAUCCCUGGUCAGGUCUGUCGUGGUGAUAAAUCGUAGUGGUUCUCCGGUGGAGGCCGUACGCAGCUUUCUAAUAGGAUGAGACAGGACCACCUGGAUUGGAUUAGCUGGGCAUAUGGUGGCUGACUCUCAGUCCCCUGAAUGCCAUCACACCUUAGCCCUGCUCUGAUGUCAACCAAGACCGUCUGCCCAGGAAGACUAAGCAAGACUCAGACCCUGUCACCCUGCUGCUAGUGCUUUACCAUAAAGAGAACAGAGAUCACUGAGGGACGGGGUUUAUAUCACUAGAGAUGCAUUCCAAAGAAGCGAGAUAAGUUAUUUAUUAUGGUUAAUUGGCAAAUACUAUCUGCAAGUGGAGAUAUUUCUUAAGCACACCGAAAGAAUUUAAAGGAUUUAAAAUCUGAUAAUUAUUGGAAACAUGAAAGCUUUUACUGAUUAUUGAUAUAAAGUUAAUGAUAACACUGAUUGUCUGGCCCUAGUGAUUGCGAUCUUAUUUUUUAUAAUAAAUUAAAUGUUUAUUUAUAAUUUAUUACAUUGUUAAUGCCUCCCAUAUUCUGUAGUACUCUUUUUUUUUAUUGUUGUGCUGUCACCAAGAGUUGAACAGCUUGAGAAAGUUGACAUACUGGUGUGGUUAACUUGUGAGGCAUUUGGCAGGUGCAGCUUCAAAUUCCUAUUCACUCAUCCAUUAGUUGUCUGUUCCAAUGUGUACUCUCCCUUGCUUAUGACUUGGUGGUCUUUUUUUAAAUUUUACUUAAUUUUUUAGGGCGU